UCCGUGUGAAUACGUCAUAUUUUACAUAGAGAGUUCUCACGACACAUCACGUAUUCAAAUUUGGGGCUUGCGCUGUAGCUUUUGUCCAACUUCGGCAACGUCGUGGGACGAGGCGUGAUGAACCCACUUUCACGACCAUCUAAAUCACUCCGCGAUUGCCAUGGCCACUGUCGACGACGACGACACCGCAGCCUUUCUUGUGUCGGCCCUUUGCCGGCAAGAUCCGACGCCGCAGGGCCACUCGCAACGGGAGCGGUUGUCGUCGGCAACAGCUUCGAGUGACGAGCCCAUCAAGCACGAAGACGAAGAGGACGACCCGAACGACGCCAUGUUCUUCCACAACUUGGACCUGGCGUUCGCCGCGGACCUCAACCUGUCCAACUUGCCGCCGCCGGCCGAGGGUUGUGGCCCCCUCUCCCCCUUGCAAUUGCAUCCUCCGCCCCCACAGCAACCACCGCCGCCACUGCCACCCGAGUCCCAUCGCUUUCAUCUCCGCCUCACCACGCGGUUUCUCCCCCGAUAUUGGAAAAACGGCCGCAAGAAUCUCCAGUGCUUCCCGUUCUGCCCCGAGCACGGGGACUUUCAUGACAUGAAACUCCAGGGCAAGAAGCAUGCUUCCAUUGGAGUCUGUCGCACUCCGGUGCACUGCGACCUGCACAGUCCCCUCUGGCUCCCCCAUGUGCAUGUGAUUGGGCGGAUCGAACAAAUCUCUCCUGGCGUUCCCAUGGAGACGCCCCCGCUGCUGCGCGGCUUGGGGGAGUGGCAUGCCUUCCGCCACGAUGGCUACGACGCCUCUCAACUGGGGGUGCGUAUGUAUUCAAACUGUGGGCUUUAGGUAGCCAUCUUGUGUGUAGACAAGCACGUCGGUGCCCGGCGGGGGAUGCAAAAGCACGUGGAUGUUCCUCCCGGAUGUAUGGAAGCUGCAACCGCUGCUACGCAAGAAGCGAAAAGCCACACGGUCGACCCCCGCCGAAACGUUUCCGUUUUAUUUCCGGGUAGGAUUAGAUUAUUC